GAACGCGAUCACUCGAGGAAAAUGUUGUUAAAAACAUUACUCAUUUGUCUUGUUGCCCGUGAAACUCUCGCAUGUCGAAGUAAGGUGGAUCACGCGUCAAUUGCAACCACAGAAUCACCCCAAAAUGACCAACCUACCACUGCUUCAAGUGGACAGCCGUCCAAAGAUGGUCCCCUCGUGGUGACCCCCGCUGGUGCCAUUCGAGGGUCCUGGAUGGAGACGCGCCGUGGACGGCAGUUUAAAGCUUUCCGCGGCAUCAGAUACGCUGAACCACCUGUUGGAGAGUUGCGAUUUAAGCCUCCAGUACCUAUUCUGAAGUACACAAAUGAGGUGAAUGCUAGCGAGGAAGGACCAGCGUGUCCGUUGCCGGUACCUCCCACCUACUACAUCGACGAGGACUGUCUCACCAUCAAUGUAUACACUCCUAACAAGAACAGUUCAAAACCUCUCCCCGUGAUAUUCUUCAUCCACGCGGGCGGAUUCUACUCCAUGACGGGCCGCAGCGACCUCGCUGGUCCUCACUACCUCCUCGACAGAGACAUCGUACUCGUCACCAUCAACUACAGACUCGCAACUCUUGGAUUCCUUAGCACCGGCGAUGCCCUGGCUCCCGGUAACAACGGCUACAAAGACCAAGUGGUAGCUCUGCGUUGGGUGCAACGAAAUAUCCGCGCAUUCGGAGGCGAUCCUGACCUGGUCACCAUCGCCGGCUGCAGCGCUGGCUCCUUCAGCGUCAUGCUGCACAUGAUCUCGCCGAUGACAAAGGGCCUAUUCCACCGUGCUAUCUCCAUAAGCGGUUCUCCCAUCAACCAGCUGCCGGACCGAAAUGAUCUGUACUCAUUAGCCGUAACACAAGCAGAGUUAGUGGGAUGCCCCACCAAUAACUCCAAAGCAAUCAUAGACUGUCUGAAGACGAAACCCUUCAGGGAACUGGGUGAUUCACUGCCAGGAUUCUUUAAUCAAUUUUACGACCCAACUCUACUAUGGUCACCCGUGGUCGAGUUGGACUUUGGUCAAGAAAGAUAUCUUGAUAUGAAGCCGAUUGAUGCAGUCCGUCAGGGAAGGAUGCAUGCCGUGCCUUAUAUUAUAAGUCAAACACAUGAUGAGUUCUUCUGGAAGGCGUUCCCUAUUGUACAAAACAAGACCUUACGUGACACUAUGAAUUCCGAAUGGGACCAUUAUGCGCCUAUCAGUUUUCAACUAGCAAAAGAUGACACCGCGGUGAUUUCUGCUCAUAAACUACGACAGGCGUAUCUUAAAGAUACGCCAAUAGCUGAAAACCGAGAGUGCGCAGAUGGUCUCGGGAAGUUGUAUGCAGACGCACUUAUUGGAUUUGGUGUUCAUAGAUUAGCUAACCUGAUGUGCCGCCACUCGCCUCAUAAGGUUUAUUACUACCAGUUCGCUUACGUCGGCAACCACAGCCAUUAUGAAGAUCCUGUCACCAAUAAAUCUUUAGCUGCUUCGCACCACGACGAUCUGAUCUACCUGUUCACUCUGAGCUACCGUUUCCCCACCAUCGAAGUUAGUGAUAGCACAGACUCCCUAAUUGUGGACAGAAUGACCGCUGUGUGGUUCAACUUCGCAAAAUAUGGAGACCCAAACCCUCGAGGCAAUGAGCUACCCGAGCUGUCAACUCUCCAAUGGCCCGCCAUGACACCAACCGCGCCCAAGUACCUCAAGUUUGACAAGCAGUUCUCAAUUGAAGAGAACAUGUUCGAAGACAGAUUCAACGUUUGGGAAGAACUGUACUCUAUACAAUAUUGA